AAGUCCUGUUAUUCCAGACAGGCACUUCCGGUGAGGCCUCAGCGACGUCCAGAGCCUCGAUGCUCGAGUGGUGGGCUGGCCGUCGGGGAUGAGUGGCCCUGGUGAGAGCGACUAUCGGCGCAAGUACCGCAAUCUGAAGAGGAAACUGAAACUGCUGCUCUAUGAACAGGAAUGCUUCCAGCUGGAACUCCGCAAGGCCCAGAGAAAAUUCAUUAAAGUGUCUCGGGACAAAAGCUUCCUUCUGGAUCGAUUACUUGAGUACGAGAAUGUCAACGAUGAUUCCUCUGAUUCGGAUGCCACAGCCUCAUCUGAGAACAGCGAGCCUGACGGUCCCAAGCUCCUCGACACUCCACUACAAAAGAAGGUCUAUUCCACCCCUCCCAGGAAGAGGAGUCCACCGCUCGGGGGUUCAGCAUCAACAUCACCCACUUCCCUGUCGCUGCAGCCCAGCCUAGGGUACCCAGCAUCACGGAGUACCACCCCAACACAAUCCCCUUACCUCGGCACGGUGGGCUCGCCAAACUUCACCCAGUUCCCCAGUGAGUACCUCUCCGCGUAUGCAGAUCCCCAGGGAGCCCCUGCAACCCCCACCGGCCCCCUCCCCUGCACUCGUGGCGACCGGGGCAAACGUGAGAAGAGAGGCAAGCCCCCCAAAGGCAAGAGGUGCAAGCUUCCAGCCUCACUACGUUCCAGCCCCCCGGGUUCUGUGAGCCUCCCGUUCUCAGGCCCCCCGGACCCUCUCCCUGCCCUCUCAUCCAAGCUGCCUCCUGCCACCAUCCUCAGCACUGUCCCCCAUCAGAUGUUUAGCACCACUGGUGAAGGCAGUGAGGAUGAGCCCAUCGAUGGUGAUGAUGACCUAGUCAUCGAUAUCCCUGAGUGAUCCCUGACCCCAACUAUCAACUACUGACCUCAGACACCGCUUGACCCCCUUCCCCAGACCCUUAAUACUGACUCCUGUCCUUGUGAAACCCCAUCAAGCACAUUGCCCUAGUCUCUCAGUGGCUCCUGACCCCUGACCUGAAGUGGCUCCCAACUUGACUCUGUGUACCCCCCACCGUAACUGAACGUCCUGACCCUUGACCUGGUGCACCAAGCCCAGACCUCAAUCCUCUUUACGAUCAGAUGAGCAGUUUCCCUCCAGGAGGACGAGCCAUCCAAUUGGCUGGCACACCAGGGCAGCUCAUGGUCAACUGGCCAACACUCCCUGGGGGUUGGAUCGGAUGCUGAGCUACCCAGCUGCCCUCCCGUCCCCAUUGGCUGGCUCCUCUGAGUGCCCCAGUCUGACCGAGUCAUGCCCUCACUGUGCUUUGCCCUGGCUCUGAUUGGCCGCCUUCCCAGAAGGAGCUCCUCAUUCCGUUGGCUGACUACAAACUGAGCUCCCCUUCUUAUUGGCUUAUUCCCUUACCAGCUCUCCCUGCCCAGUUAAUCAUAGGCCAGGAGAGCUCCAGUUCUGAUUGACUGGCUGCCCAGGGAGCUCCCCUUCCAACUGGCUGACCAGUUAGCCAUCUGAUUGACCCAUGUCGUGAAGCUGAGAACCGAUUGUCCAUUGACUUCCCCACCCACCCCCACCGCCAUCCAGUAGUUUUCAGGGGGUGGGGGUAUGGGGGGAUGGGUGUAGCUCACUACAGUUGUCAAUCUGCCAAUUUCUUCGCGUGUUUUGUAGUGAGAAGGGAGUAAAAGGAAUGAAAACCUACAAGAUCUCAUUUUCUCUCUUUCUUCCCUUGUCCUGUCAUUCGGAGUUAUUGGAGAGGAGAAUGGAGGUGGAAGGCAGCUGGAACACU